AUGACUGAUUACAUAAUGGAGUCCAUUAAGCCUCCAUUGGAGGAAUAUAUCAAUGAUGUAGCAUGGUGGAUGGGGAGUACUCAAGGCAUUUUCACAGUUAAAUCAGCUUGGGAACUAAUGAAACAUAAACAGGAAAGAAGGGAAGAUUAUCAACUGAUAUGGACUAGAGAGGUGCCUUUUAAGAUGAUUUUUUUCUUAUGGAGACUCUGGAAAAGAAGAAUUGCAACUGAUGACAAUCUGAAGAGUAUGAAAAUUCAGAUAGUGUCUAGAUGUUGGUGUUGUUCUGAAAUAGAAGAGGAGACAGUGACACAUGUUUUUCUAACAACCCCUAUAGCCAAUAGGCUAUGGAGACAAUUUUCUAAUUUUGCAGGUAUGCAAAUGGAGAGCAUGCACUUACAACAACUCAUAAUAAAUUGGUGGAAGCAUAGUUAUAAUGCCAAACUCGAGGUGGUGAUGAGAGCAAUGCCAACAAUUAUAAUGUGGACACUAUGGAAAAGGAGGAAUAACUUGAAGCAUGGAGGAACCACCACAUACAAUGAAAUGGUGAUGCAAGUGCAAAAAGAGGUGAGGAAACUCAUAAAGUUGCAACAUCCUUGGAUUCAUAUAAAAAAGGAAACAUGGCCUCAAAUCAUCACAAGGCUGAAGGAGUAUAGACCUAAAAUACAUCACCAUUAUGUUCAAUGGAAGAAACCUGGAAGAAACAAAGUUAAAUGCAACACAGAUGGGCAGCAAGAGGAAAUUCAGUUUAUAUUUCAAGAUGUUGUGUUGAUGGAUGAUGAACAAGAUGUUAUUGAGAUGGAAAAUCUGAAUGAUUCAUCAUUCAACAAGUUGAGAAAACCUGGAAACAUAAGGCAAUCUCACAGUCACACAAGGAAGAAUGAAAAAGAACUGCCUUAUAAUCCUUCACAUGUUGGUGUUGAUUCAGCGUAG